AACGCCUUCCUCCCUCUCCCCCCUCCUCUCCCCACUCCCCACCGCCGCCAUGUCCGGACGCGACCGCGAUCCGCGCCACCGCGAGCCGCGGGUGAAGAACCGCGCGCCCGCCGCCGUGCAAAUCACCGCGGAGCAGCUGCUGCGCGAAGCGCACGACAGGCAAGAGCAGCCGGUACAGGCGCCCAAGCAGCGUAUCCAAGACCUCGAAGAGCUGCACGAGUACCAGGCCCGCAAGCGGACAGAGUUCGAGGCGCGCAUCCGGUACUCGCCGGACGUGAUCCCCGCGUGGAUCCGGUACGCGACGUGGGAGGCGUCGCAGAACGAGUUUGAGCGCGCGCGCUCCGUGUUUGAGCGUGCGCUGGACAUCGACCCGCGCCAUACCGAGCUAUGGACAAAGUACUGCGACAUGGAGUUGCGCGCGCGCAACAUCAACCAUGCGCGCAACCUCUUCGAUCGCGCCGUCACGCUCCUGCCCCGCGUUGACGCGCUGUGGUACAAGUACGUGUAUCUCGAAGAGCUGCUCCUCAACAUUGCCGGCGCACGGCAGGUGUUUGAGCGAUGGCUCCAGUGGGAGCCACAGGACAAGGCCUGGCUCAGCUACAUCAAGCUUGAGGAGCGGUAUAAUGAGCUCGACCGCGCCAGCGACAUUUACGAGCGUUGGAUCGGCACACGGCCCACCCCGAAGAACUGGUGCCUCUGGGCCAAGUUUGAGGAGGAGCGCGGCAAGCCCGACAAGGCGCGAGAGGUGUUCCAGACAGCACUCGAGUUUUUCGGCGACGAGGAAGAGCAGAUCGAAAAGGCGCAGCAGGUGUUUGCUGCGUUUGCACGCAUGGAAACACGGUUGAAGGAGUUUGAGCGCGCGCGGGUGAUUUACAAGUUUGCUCUCGCGCGGCUGCCACGCUCAAAAUCCGCCAACUUGUACUCGUCCUAUACCAAGUUUGAGAAGCAGCACGGUGACCGGUCUGGUGUCGAGCUCACCGUGCUGGGCAAGCGACGAAUUCAGUACGAGGAAGAACUGGCAUACGACCCGACAAACUACGACGCAUGGUUCUCGCUUGCAAGACUUGAGGAGGACGCAUACCGCGCCGAGAAGGAGGACGGGGAGGACGCUGACCCGGCGCGCGUGCGCGAGGUGUACGAGCGUGCCGUCGCCAACGUCCCGCCCGCAAGCGAGAAGCGGUACUGGCGGCGAUACAUCUACCUGUGGCUGCAGUACGCAGCAUUCGAAGAGAUCGACACGGAGGACUACGAUCGCACGCGUGACGUAUACAAGGCUGCGAUCCGGCUCGUACCGCACAAAGUCUUCACGUUCGCCAAGCUGUGGCUGGCUUACGCCUAUUUCGAGAUCCGGCGGGUGGACGUGAACGCGGCGCGCAAGGUGUUGGGCGCGUCGAUUGGCAUGUGUCCCAAGCCCAAGCUCUUCGCGGGCUACAUCGAGCUGGAGAUGCGGCUGCGCGAGUUCGACCGCGUGCGCAAGCUAUACGAAAAGUUCCUGUCUUUCGACCCGUCCCUCUCCGCCGCCUGGAUUCAGUGGACACAGAUGGAGGCGCUGCUCGAGGACUUGGAGCGCGUGCGCGCCAUCUUCGAGCUGGCAGUGCAGCAGGACCUCGACAUGCCCGAGCUCGUGUGGAAGGCGUACAUCGACUUUGAGAUCGAGGAGGGCGAGCGCGAGCGCGCCCGCCACCUGUACGAGCGCCUGCUCGAGCGCACGGGGCACUACAAGGUCUUCGUGUCGUACGCGCUCAUGGAGGCGAGUGCGCUCGGCGACGACGAAGAGGGCGACGCAGAAGAGGGCGACGCGGCGCGCGCCCGCGCCAUCUUCGAGCGCGGGUACAAGGACUUGCGGGCGCGCGGGGAGAAGGAGGACCGCGCGCUGCUGCUCGAGGCGUGGGAUGCGUUCGAGGGCGAGCACGGCGACGACGCGGACCGCGAAGCCGUCGCUGCGCUGCGGCCGCAGACGCGCCGCCGGUGGCGGCCCCGCGGGGACGGCAGCGGCGAGUACGACGAGUACUGGGACAUUGUGUUCCCCGACGACGAGAAGGAGGAGAAUCCCGCCGCGUUCGCCAUCUUUCAGGCUGCCAAGGAGUGGGCCGCGAACAAGGAGAACGGCGCGGGCGGGCUCAACUACGAGAUGGACGAUUCGGAUUCGGACUCGGAUUCCGACGGCGACGAGGGGGAAGCCGAGGGUGGGAAAGGGGAAGGGGAAGGGGAAGGGGAAGGGGAAGGGGAAGGGGGAGAGGGAGAAGGAGAGGGCAUGGACGAGGACUAG